AUGGACAGUCACCCGGAAGACGCUGCCGAGCAGGCAGCAGCACAUCCGUCUCAGACAGGGAACCUCAUCGAUUCAUCUCAAGAUAUCAUCGAAACCGUCCAGGCUGAUGGGACCAUCGUCCAGCAGGUUCACCACCAUCACACCGUGAAUCGCUAUGUUAAUCGCUAUGUCAUCUUCAAUCGCUACAUCUGUCGGAGUCGAUGGUAUGCGUCGGUCCGCCGCAAGCCCAAAUCUAAGAGUGUCGAUGAGCACCUCCAGUCCUUUCCGAGUGCAUCUAAACGCCAGAGCCGCCUUGCGUCCACCAAGACAAUCUCGGACAGUCGGGCCACAUCGUUCAGUCGGGCCACAUCGUUCAGCCGGAACCCCACCCUGCAAGAUGCCCCGGCUACUCUUUCGGAUCGCCCGUACAUCUUUCAGACGCCCAACGUCAGCAGCACCGCAAUCGGAAUCGUGGAUGAUCCCGACCGGUUUGAAAAGCAAGACCUUGUUGUCCGUCUCGGCAAGGCCCUCUAUCGAUACGGCGCAACCAGCUUCCGAACCGAACUCCAUCUCCGCUAUAUAUCCAGGCUUCUUCACCUCCCCGCCGACUACGCGGCAUUGCCGAGUCUUAUCAUGGUUUCGUUCGGCCUGCCCCACGUCACAACGCUGUCCACAGAGACUUUUCUGAACUUUGCGCCCCAAGGAUACGACAUGGGCAAGCUUUCCGCGGUCACCCGACUCAGCGAAUCCAUGUGCACCAAGAUCCAGGAGUGCUAUGCUGGCCCUGAGCCGUCGUCAGUCAAGCCCAUCCUUGUCGAAACCAUCCAGGAGCUCGACCACAUCAUGUCCUCUCGUGGGAUGUGGGAUCGUGACUGGAUCCAAGCGUUCACAUUCGCCCUUGCCGGCGGAGCUGUCGUCGUACUGGCCUUCAAGGGUACUUGGAUCGACUCGAUGGUCAGCUUCUUCUUUGGCUGGGUCGUGGGAUGCAUCUGCGUCUACGGCCCCAGACUGUUUCCGAACUACACCUACCUGAGCGACCUUGUGGCCGCUUGUCUGGUCACUUUACUCAUCCGCGUGGUGCAGACCCUCAUUCCCAACGUAUGCUUCAAUUUCGUGCCGAUAUUCCUGUCAUCGAUGAUCGUGCAGCUCCCAGGGCUUCCAUUCACCAUUGGUGUCCUGGAACUUGCAUCUCAGAGUCUGGUCUCCGGAACCGUGCGGCUCGUCUAUUCGCUGCUCACGGCCUUGCUGAUGGCCGCCGGUGUCGUCAUGGGAUCGGCUAUUCCUGGCCUGGCCGACUUUUUCGACACCACGGGGCACACCAACAAUGCCCACCAAAGCUGUGUCAUGCCCACCACUCCCACGAGUCUGUGGUGGGUGCUGCUGAUGCUCCCGAUCGGAAUACUCUCAAUCAAUGUCACCUUCAAGGCCGCCAUGCGCGACUGGCCAGUGAUGUUUGCCAUUUCGUCGUGCGGCAUGGGUACCUACCUGCUCUGCACCACGCUUGGUCAGCUGCAGAAUGCACCUUCCACCGCCAUCGCUGCGUUUGUCAUCGGGGUCCUCGGCAAUCUCUACAGUCGAUUCGGCGGUGGUCUGGCCACUGUCCCGAUCAUUACAGCAAUCCUCAUUCUCGUGCCGGGCUCGGUCGGCGUCCGUGGGUCCCUCCAAAUUAUGCUGGCGACCGACAUUGGCAGCGCCUCUGCUGUCCUCAACAUGUUCCUGGUUUCUGUGUGGUUGACGAUCGGGCUUUGCUUCUCGACCGUCCUCGUAUACCCUUCGACAAAACGCUUUGUCGAUCGCCGAGAUCUGUUCCGGGGCUUUUAAGAUCGGCCCAGAGUUUGCAAACUGUAGGCCACUUGACAUGCCCAUCAUCCCCGAUUCUCAGCCUGAUUUGUUGUCUGCCGGCCUUAUCGUAUGGCCAGUGCCUCAUUGUAUCUACUCCACAUUGCUGCGAUUGCAUUCAGCUUGAACUGGCUGCAGAAGGACAAGCCAUCCACAGCAUGCUCU